UUGCUUUUCGAUGCAGACAACGAAGAAGAAUUGUUUAAUCCAAACUGCGUGACGGUAAACUUGCUGGACAACCUAAGAAGACGUUGUGGAUGUCAAAAAGGAGGUUGGUUUAUUUUCCGUUUGUUUACACUUUAUUAGUUCUAUUUUGCCAGGGUUUUUCUAAUACACACAUAUAAUGAGGUGUAAAUCGGCGUUUCAAGAGUACUCAAUGUUAAAUAAAUUUGUGUUUACAUCAGAAUACUUGGAAACAGUGUUGUAUCAUCGGUGUGCGGCCGAUCAGUCUCGCCGUAAAACUGCCUGUAGCCUGAAUUAGCUUAAGGCAAGUUUCGGGCUUUGAAGGAUAGGAAUUUCGCUUUGACUAACUGCAUCUACUGUACAUAAGGUCAUGCAGACUUAGUUCUUUGUUUUUGGCGGCAUAAAAUCAGUGACAAAAGAAAUGGUAACAACUAAAGUGGAGUAUAAAAGUUUACUUCACACAGUACAGUGUAACAACAGCACUCAACUCGAACGCGAAGGACAGGUCUCAAUCCCAUGAUAUCUCGACCCUUAUUGUCUAACCGUUUAUCAUGCCGUUAUCAUGCCCUUUCUCACUCUGUUGCCUUAUAUUUAAUCAAUAUUCUCGCUGUAUUAAAUGAACACGUUACUAGACAAGUGUCCAUGAUGUAAACAGGCCGUGACAUAGCCUUGUCAUAUAAACGAACAAUGCAGUAGUUGUCCCUUCUGUAGCACUGUCAGUUGUGUGUUAGCAAGCCGGAACUGCCUGAAUGUUUGAUGACAAGUUGGCUCACUGUUUAUUUUCGGCCGUCCGUUCUAGUUUUAAGUGUUAACUUCACCAACUUGCUGCUUUGAAGCUCUUUGACUUAACUGAUCCAUCGUGAAGGCACCCCUUUCAAAGGAUAAAACGAAUAAAAAUUUGCUCCGUAUCUUUUUAAAGUCCUGGUCGUAGAAACGUUUAAGCCGGGAAUGUCCAGAAUGUGCAGCACUAACGUUUACGAAAGUAGGUUGAGUUUGAUCGUCCGGCUGAACGUAGUCCUGACAGUGACUGACGUUUCGACAAUCUGUGCGGUAGUCAUCUUCAGAGUCUUACUUUUGAAAUGACUCCUGGGUUCAAACCUUUCACACUGACGUUUACGUAUGGUAAACAUUUUCCCAAGUUAAUAAUAAUAAUAAUAAUAAUAAUCUUUAUUUCUUAAGAUUUAAUUACAUAUCCUAAGUUACAAUAUAAACUCAAAAAACUAUUUACAUAUCAUAUCUAAAAAUUAUUCUGUUACUAAAAACGUUCUUAAACCUGUCAGUGUAGAUUCUAGGGACAGAGACUGACGUAUUUCUAAGAUUGUACCUCGUGUUCUUUUCCUUAGGUAUAAACUGGAAGAAGGGACAUUCGGGGUCAUUCGAUCUUUUUUGUAGAGUGUCUUGUCCGCCUUCUCUAGCAAGUCCCUGAUAUUUACAUUCUUGGACAUAAACUUUCUUUUCAUACACCGGUCUAAAAAAUUCUGGAUUACAGAAAGGUCUGAAUCUGAGGCACCAUAAACCGGCAGAGCGUAACAAAAAUUUGGUAAAACUAUUGCGUUAAAAAGGUGAUCUACUUCCCCCUGGGACAUUCCUUCCUUACGUAAAGAUCCUAAUACGAAUAUUGACUUGUUCGCCUCAAUUACCUUCGCGCGCACGUGACUACUGUAUUUACAAUUUUGUUGGAAAGUAACACCUAAUAUGAACAACUCUACGCACUGCGGUAGUGCGUUAGCAAGCUAGCAAGUUAGCCUGAACAUCUUCUUACAUAAAUGUUAAUUAGCACAAAUUUAGGCUAUUUAGGUUCGUAAAUUGGUUCUUGUUUUCUUAAGACAAAAAAAACCGGAACAUUGUAGCUGAGAAUAUUUAGUGGUAUUCAGCUCAUUCCUUAUACUAGGUAACACCUGUGUAAACCGUUACAAUUGCAGCAGAGCCGUAGCUAGCGGGGGGGUUGGGGCAGGGGGUAGCUGCCCCCAUGGAUCAAUUGAGCCAGAAAAAUCAAGUCUGUGGAUGGAUUUGUUUUCUUUAGUCUCAGUUAUUUUGAUUGUAGUGACUUGCAAUUGUUUGCUAUUUUCAUGGCCGAGAAAUAAAGGCACCUUUGUCUCCAACGAGGAUCUUGGACGUUGACUUAUCUUAUUGCUUAAGUGUUCAGAAUUCUUGUAUAGAUUUUAGAAAAUAAGAACCUGUUUCAAAUUUUAGGGUAAACAGGUUUUUGUAUAGAGGAGGCCUAACUGGCAAAUUAAUCAGCCCAACAGGUUCUUAAAAACCAAGGUCUUUUACGCUCACGGAUUUUUACCGUAAUUCAAGUGCGCCGCCUGCCGAUCUAGGAUUGCUUUAAUUUCCUUCAGUUUGACCACUCUCCACCACAAUCAUAGUUCUCUCCAUCCAUUUACUGACUAACUGUUAAUUCAAAAUAAACAAAAAUUGUAUAAUUGUCACCCUGCUCUUCAUGUAAUCUCUAUAUAUUGCUUUAACGUACAUAUAUUAUUAUUUUAAACGGUCAAUAUUAAUUGCGUGUUUGAUUUGUGCUUCUCUGCUUUAUAGUAACUUUGGAUUUGUCUGAUGAAGACGGCGACAUUAAAAAUCUGCAUGAAUUUCCCACUCAAUACGCUCACAGAUUCCUCAAGGGGAGAGAAGUUUUUGUGCUCGUUAAGGUUGAAAGUAAGUUCCAUUGAAGUCGCAUAAACGCCCUGCGAUUUUUCAUCCCACAAACAUUUUGAAUCAGCAGCAUUCUAGCGCUUUCAAUUAAUGGGUUAACUCAGUGUAUGUUGCAGAAAGUUAAAACCCUCACCACAAAAUAACACUCACUUAGAACUCACACUCUCGCUGGAAAGAAAACCAAAGUCUUCAAUGCUUAACUUUUGUAGUCGCCGAUAAAAGCAGGACGUAGUCCCGCCGUGUCUCCGGCCUCUGCUCUGAUCUGUGGUACGAGGCAAAAGGGGAGCGCGAUUUACGAACAGCAAGCGGCUAGAAACCAAGCCGAUUUACGGCUUACUUUCAUGUCGCAAUCACUGUCAUUCGUUCGGUCUAUUCCCCGCACGGUAUUGCCCAGCUUUUUCUAAACGUGCCCCAACUCCGUUUGUAGAUAGUGAACUAAUUUUCUAUAGAUGCUUCCAAGAACCCGACCUGAUGCAUGUUCGCUUUUUUUAUGAUACACAUGUAUUUUUCUAUAUAUUUUAUUUAUAUAUUUGAAAUAGUUUGCAGGGGCCCGUUUCUCCAAAGUCCCGAUAACUUUUGGGGCCCGAAAUCAAAUAUUCAAAUCAAAAUAAAAAGAAUUAAAGCGCGGGUCCUGGAUAGCAAAAUACUCCAUUUUGUUUCAUUAACUGAUAGUUUUAUCAUGUUAGAUGCAAAACUAUUGAAACUUCUAUCUUGCAUGUAAACAACAACAGAACAACAGCUUUACGGGCCCGUUAAUCAUCGGGACUUUUGAGAAACGGGCCCCAGUACACAAUAAAUUUUUGUUUGUGUCGGUAAAGGAGUGCGAAUAGAAUGAUACAAAUUGUGGAAUCGAUAAUUCAGGGCGAAGGUGUUUUCUUUAAAUUGCACUUUUUUAAUCGUCUGUUACCCCAGAUUGUAAUCUUUGGUCAGGUAAACCAGUUUUUAAACUUUUAAAAUGUGACAACUCCCAUGGGAAACUUAUUCCAUAUUUGGGUUGGUUACUUUUUAUCUGCCCAUUCAGACCGCUUGCAUUUUUCAGUUGGAAAAGUGAAAUUGAUUUUAGUAAUUUUUCUUGCUGUUUUCUGUUUAUUCACUCUAGAAGGCGAAGGAGAUCAGCCAACAACCUAUACAGCGCUGCUAAACGACCUGGAGAGAUCCAACCCGAAACUACCGGGUACGUUAAACUGUGCUGAUCUGUUUCUCUGCCUUUCUUAUUGGGUCAGUUUUACAUGAGUAAAAGCGGUGUCAAAUCAAAUCCUUUUACUAAGUAUGCUUUUACAUAGCUCAUUGCUCUGACUUUGCCAACUGCCCUGAAUUGGCUGCACCGGCCAGGGAUGCUUUUAGGACGGUUUAGGCUAUGCAAGCUUAUCCGGACAUCUACUAUGUUUGAUAAUCUUGUUUUCUUAGCCUGUGUCAUUCUCGUCGCCAGAAACAAUCGGCUUAAUUUGAAACCGAUUAGUGGUUCCAGUGGCUGCCCCUCGUUUUCCGACCACGUGACCAAGAAACGACGGGCUCUGGGGACGAGAAUGAGCCUGUGUGGGAGGAGUUCGAAGGGGACCAAAAGAAGAAUUAAGGUGCGCAUGCGCACGAGAUGAACGCCCUUCAACUCCACCUCGUUUCCAGGGUUCUCAAACUCGUUCUGAGUUUAAGUUGGAGAGAAACCUGGCCUCCAAUAGAGGCUAUUAUUUUCUUCAACACUGCGAGAGAGCCUUCUAUGCAUUCACUGUACCUGGAUGCUUAGCAAUCGAAACGAUCAAAUGUAAAAAUUUUUGGUACAAUGCGCGAGGGAUAAGUCCUGGGAAACUUGGUUGACACGUUAAGCUCCUGACCAGGGUUUCUUUUCUCUCUUCUUUCGCUGUCUCAAUCGAGGUGAAAGAGACUUCAAAACCAGGCUUUACUAAUGUCACAAACUUUUAAUGCAUUUUCGUUUGUACUUCAACAGCUCGAUUGGAGACACUAUCUAAGUCUUGCUCUGAUGCCAAACCCAAAUCUGGACAAAGAAAGGAGUCAAUGUGGACCCAGGCUGCUAAGAUACGCAAAUUCGCAAAGGGAGUAUCCAGCGCAGAGCGCAAAAGAGCAGAUUCUAUUCCCUCCUCUAGAGGGGAAGGUAAAAACAUUGGUACCACGCCAUCUCCGCCAGGGAAAUCCAGGCAACGAAAAACAUCUAAGAACAUGUAA